AUGGCCGACAAGAUGCAAGCUGUCGUCCAGCGCAACAAGGACUCUAAGCCUAUGCUUUCCAAGGAAGCUAUACCAAAACCCAAAUUUGAGGACCAUCAGGCAUUGGUAAAGCUCUCGCACGUUGCUCAGAACCCGACCGACGUGCAGUCGUUCGAUCGCAACGCCUUUGGUGAUGGUUCCGUCUUCGGCUGCGACUUUGCUGGCACUGUCGAGGAAGUUGGCAAGACCGUGACGCGUGUGAAGAAGGGGGAUAACAUAGCUGGACUGAUCUGGGGCGGCGAGAUCAAAGGCCUAGGUGCCUACGCCGAGUACACAGUCGCAGACGAACGCAUCUCCUUCAAGAUUCCCCCAAGCAUCUCGUCCGCCGCGGCCUCCACCGUCCCUCUCGCAGCCGCCACAGCCUGGCUCGCAAUGUUUUCGAAGGACAGCCUACACAUCUCACGAAACAGUCCUACCACAAUAUUAGUCUGGGGCGGCUCUUCCUCCGUCGGCUUAUAUACUAUCCAGCUCGCCCGCACGCAGAACCUCACCGUCAUCACUACCUGCUCGCCGCGCAACUUCGAUCUUGUAAAGUCCGUGGGCGCACAGCACGUCUUCGACUACUCGGACGCGGAUGUCGUCAAUAAAAUCAAGCAGGUAGCGCCAGAUCUACAGUACGUCUUCGACACCAUCGGCAACGAAUCGAGCUCCGCCAUCGCCUCCAAGGCUAUCCGAGAGCAGGGUGGUGGGCUCUGCACCGUACGGCCUGGCAAAGCCAACACAGAAAAAUGCACUGGGCACACCAAAGUCACGGAUGUGCUUGUCUGGACCGCCUUUCUCAAGGACCAUGCGUAUGGCGACUUCAAGUGGCCGGCGAAUAAGGACGAUCACGAGCUUGCCGCUGAGUUGUUCGAAAAGUUGCCCGAGUGGCUGGAGAAAGGAGCGGUGAAGCCCAAUGCGCAGACUGUUAAGAAGGGGCUAGAGAAGGUAGGGGAUGGGUUCCAAGAGUAUAGGGACGGGAAGAUUAGUGCGUAUAAGAUUGUUUAUGAGGUGUAA